UUUACAGGCUGGAGGAAUUAGGACAACCCUUUACGUAGACUAUAAACAUACACCUUUUGCGGCUGAAAACAAGCGUGAUAUACCCCUCGCAAGAAAGGGAAAAAAAGACAUGGGAGAAACUGUGACCCGGGCUGCAGCUGCCAAGUUGUUGAAGAAAGCUUUCUUGGAGGCCCUGCAAUCAAAUGACUAUAAAACUCUAGAGGAGCUUUUGAAUGAAAAACAAAUAGAUGUGGACACGGUAUUUGAAGUGGAAGAUGAAAACCUGCUCUUGGCCUCCUACAAACAAGGAUAUUGGCUGCCCAGUUAUAAAAUGCAACACUCAUGGGCAACUGGACUCCAUUUAUCUGUUCUGUAUGGGCAUCUGGAAAGCUUGAGGGUCCUGUUGAAGCACAAUGCAACCAUCAACUGUAGACCAAAUGGGAAAGCGCCAAUCCAUAUCGCUUGUGAAGUCACCAAUCUGGAUUGUGUCAAGAUACUUUGCAGUCAUGGAGCAAAAACAAAUUGCUACUCAUUGAGUGGACUUUCUCCCUUGCAUUAUUGUACAACAAAGCUAUCCCUGCCUUGUGCACAGCAGUUAAUCUGGAAAGGUGCUGAUGUAAACAUCAGAACAAAUAAUCAAGAUGAAGAGACUCCCCUCCACACAGUUGCUCGUUGUGGCAUCCCAGAAAUGGUGGCAUUUUACGUGGAGAACGGGGCUCUGGUUGAUUGUGUCAAUGCGCACCGAGAAACCCCCCUUGCUGUUGCCGCAUACUGGGCCCUUAACGGCCGGGAGCAGACCUAUAGCACGGAUCACCACUUGAUCUGCAGGAUGCUGCUUGACUAUAAUGCUGAUGUCAAUUCACGGGAUGAGGAUUUCCGGACUCCCAUCCACAAAGCCGCCUGGAACUGCGACCAUGUAUUAUUGGACAUGUUGCUAGAGGCAGGCGCUGAAGCCAACCUCAUGGAUGACAAUGGAUGUGGUCCCUUGCAGUACGUCCUGAAAGUGACUGGGGUGCGACCGAGCGCCCAGCCUCAUCUUUGCUUCCAGCUGCUCUUAAAUCAUGGAGCUGCCAGGAUAUAUCCUCCUCAAUUCCAUAAGGUUUUGCAAGCUUGCUGUGCUUAUCCAAGAGCAGUUGAGGUGAUCGUGAAUUCAUAUGAGCACAUCAAGGCUACAACAAAAUGGAGAGCAGCUAUACCUGAGGAUGUCUUUCAGAUGCACAAGGAUUUCUAUGAAUCCCUUUUUGAAGCAUGUGCAAACACCCCACGGUCACUCAAGCAUUUAGCCAGGUGUGCUAUUCGAAUGAGAUUCUUCCGCAGAUACCGCAAAGUGAGCCCUUCCUUUUACAUUCCAGUGACUCUAAAUAAUUAUUUGCUUUUACAACCGGAAGGAAUAAUAUACUAAACUUCAUUGAAGAUAUUUGCCAGCCACCUAUGUUUAUAAAACUGGGAUGUAUUUACGUAGAAGAAGGAAAAUGUUUUCAAAGACAUCUUCACCUGAAAUUUAAUCUUUUGGACUAAAUGUACAACCAAGGGCCCAAUUGGGUCAUAAAAAGGGCUUGGAUCUACUACACACUAAAUGUAGACCUAUUUCAUAAUACAUUACCUCCCCUGUUUAUGAUUUGAACCAAGACAUGGAACUCAACCCUUCCACCUCCUUUCAAAAAUAUUUAGUUACUAAAUUACAUAUACCCAUUCUUGUAAAGUCCAGGUUUCUUUAACAAUUGAUCCCAGAAAAUAAAUAUAAUGAAAGACGAAUGUGAUUAAAGCCCACGAUGUUCUUUGAAUAACCUUUGGGAUGCAAUAUGGUAGUAACAUACUUAUAUUUGAGGAUUUAUGUGUAGCUCAAAACCUACUACUCAUCCAGACAAGAAAAGUCAACAUAGUUGGAGAAACCCCAAAAUGUGUACAGUUGACCAUCCACAAAGUGUAACUGCCAGAUUAUCUCAUGUGAGCUGAAGAAGUUUGUAGUUCUGCUUUGUGGAGAGAGAUAUGGAUUAGAUUAGUGAUUAUAGCAAGUAAAUAGAGUUGCUGGCUCAGCUUCAUCUUAGGUGUUAUGCCUUAAGUGCCAACCAGUUUCGCACAGCUUAUCAUUCAAAUACAAACACACUAUAUUUUCCUGUUUGGAAACUAAGAUUUAGCAAAAGGGGUUCCGAGGUCAAGGUGAAAUGAAAGGAUUAUUCCUUCUUACUUAGGAAAUAGGAUGAGGAACAUUUGAUCUAGUCUAUUUGCUUCUAGCGAGAAGGUGAAUGGAGGACAGAGUGGAAGGUGAACCCUGAUGCCACAAUGCCUGGGAGGGAAGAAGGAAGCUAACCAUCUGAUGAGUUGCAGAAAGCAGAGGAAGGGAUCGUUGUCUUAGUGUAAUGUAUCAUCCCGUUGCAUUUGAAAAGCCAUUGUUUUGUUUCACAAAUUUAUGUUUUCGACCCUUAUUCUGUUCUUUUCUGCAAAUACAUGAGCACAUACAGUC